UCCGGAGCAGAGCAGCUGCGCCAGAGUGCGGCGCAGCCGGGGAGGAGAUACGCGAACGCCGCCGCUCUCAGUGCCGUUCUUCGGCUCCACUCGAGACGAGCCCUCUUCGACUCUUGCCUUCAUUUCCCAACGUUAAACUAGGAGGAGAGGACGGGGCGCGUCUGCAUACUGGCCGUAGACACUACCGCGCUCAUACGGGGCGCGUAAAACACGGCGCUCCAUACAGACUUGACGCGCUUUGAUGUCAUCCGGCGGUUCAGGGUCGGAUCGUUUCAUUUAUAACAGCGGGUCGACAUUAAACUAGACGCAUAUCAUAUCAAGAGUUAUCAUUACUCGCUUGCGGUCAGACAUGGAAGAUGGUCCGCCUUCCACAAGCUGUUUCCGAAGGUUCACGGACUGUUUCAUUGGCUCAAGUAGGUAUACUUAUUAUUUCCCUUGCGUACUAGUAAGGAAAGGUGUCGCAAAAUGUAACGUUUUUGUUGCGCACUUGCACUGCGUUGCAGCUGCAUAUAGGCAAACUUUUGAAUUUAUUUUCCAAUGUGAAGUUUGGCUGGCAAUAUUUGCGCAACGGCUGCAAGAUAGUGUGAAUGAUUAUGCCCAUUACAGUUACGUUGUUUAUAUAAUUGUCUGUCCUCACCUGUUAGCCUAUGUGUGUUUAGAUGAAGUUUUUAGUGCAGUAGCUGGGUGGGGACAUACAUGUGAGAGAGGGUGUCUGACGGAUGAGAAAGUGAAGGCUUAUCUCUCCCUCCACCCGCAGAUGCUGGAUGAGUUUGUGCUGGAGAGCGUGAGUGCGGAGACCGUAGACAGAUGGCUGAAACGGAAGAACAGCAGCCAGCCUGCAGAUGAAUCUUCGGCAAAAGAAGUUAGCAGGCAGUACCAGGACACGAAUAUGCAGAGCGUCGUAUAUGAGCUAAACAGCUACAUGGAGCAGCGGCUGGACACUGGAGGAGACAACAAACUACUGCUCUAUGAGUUGUGCAACAUCAUCAAAACAGCCACAAAAGCUGAUGGAUUUGCACUUUACUUCCUUGGAGAAUGCAACAAUAGUUUAUGUUUGUUCACUCCGACGGGGGCAAAAGAGGGGCUUCCUGGGCUCAUCCCCUCUGGUCCCAUUACAUUUGGGACCACCAUCGCCGCUCACGUUGCAAAGACACGCAAGACACUACUUGUAGAGGACAUCAUGGGGGACGAGAGGUUCCCUCAUGGCACAGGGCAGGACUCAGGGAUUCGUGUACAUUCUGCUUUGUGUCUACCCAUCCUCACUGCCAUCGGAGACCUCAUCGCUAUCCUGGAGCUGCACCGGCACUUGGGCAGAGAGCCCUUCAACCUCAGCCACCAGGAGGUUGCAACAGCAAAUUUGGCCUGGGCAUCUGUAGCCAUACACCAAGUCCAGGUCUGCAGAGGUCUUGCCAAACAGACAGAACUCAACGACUUUCUCCUAGAUGUGUCAAAAACGUACUUUGACAACAUAGUGGCAAUAGAUUCUCUACUUGAACAUAUCAUGAUAUAUGCAAAAAACCUGGUUAAUGCAGACAGAUGUGCGCUCUUCCAGGUAGAUCACAAUAACAAAGAGCUGUACUCUGACCUGUUUGAUAUCGGGGAGGAGAAUGAAGGGAAACCAGUCUUUAGGAAAACCAAAGAAAUUAGGUUUUCUAUAGAGAAAGGAAUAGCAGGCCAGGUGGCUAGAACAGGAGAAGUUUUGAAUAUUCCGGAUGCCUAUGCAGACCCCCGUUUCAACAGAGAAGUAGAUCUCUACACUGGCUACACAACGCGGAAUAUCCUGUGCAUGCCCAUAGUCAGCCGCGGGACUGUGAUUGGUGUUGUACAAAUGGUGAACAAGCUGGGAGGAAGUGCCUUCACUAAAACUGAUGAGAACAACUUUAAGAUGUUCGCUGUCUUCUGUGCUUUGGCCUUACACUGUGCAAAUAUGUAUCACCGGAUUAGACAUUCAGAGUGCAUUUACCGGGUGACCAUGGAGAAGCUUUCGUACCACAGCAUUUGCACGUCAGAGGAGUGGAAGACCCUCACACAACUCUCUCUCCCUUCAGCCAUAUAUAAAGAGAUCGAACUGUUUCACUUUGACAUUGCUCCUUUUGAGGAAAUGUGGCCUGCAAUAUUUGUAUACAUGGUUCACAAUUCAUGUGGAAAAAGCAGCUUUGAGCUGGAGAAACUGUGUCGUUUCACUAUGUCAGUGCGGAAAAAUUACAGACGAGUUCCAUAUCACAACUGGAAACAUGCUGUGACAGUGGCACACUGCAUGUAUGCCAUCCUGCAAAAAACCACUGGGAUCUUCACUGAGCUUGAGAGGAAAGGCUUGCUGAUUGCCUGCUUAUGUCAUGACCUGGACCACCGCGGCUACAGUAACAGUUAUCUACAGAAGUUUGACCAUCCGCUGGCCGCCCUCUAUUCUACAUCCACCAUGGAACAGCAUCACUUCUCACAGACAGUGUCCAUCCUGCAGCUGGAAGGGCACAAUAUUUUCUCCAACCUGACUUCCAGUGAGUAUGAGCAGGUGCUGGAGAUCAUCAGGAAGGCCAUCAUUGCUACAGACCUCGCCUUGUACUUUGGCAACCGCAAGCAACUGGCUGAACUGCUGACCACAGGGGCGCUGGACCUGAACAACCGUGCUCACAGGGACCGUGUGAUCGGUCUGAUGAUGACGGCUUGUGAUCUCUGCUCUGUGACCAAACUGUGGUCCGUCACGCGACUCACGGCCAAUGACAUCUAUGCUGAGUUCUGGUCUGAGGGGGAUGAAAUGAAGAAGAUUGGAAUGCAGCCCAUCCCUAUGAUGGACAGAGAUAAAAAGGAUGAGGUUCCCCAAGGACAGGUGGGGUUUUACAAUGCUGUGGCUAUUCCCUGUUACACCACCCUGUCAGAGCUGUUUCCUCCCUCCAGUCCUCUGCUUACAGCCUGCAGGGAAAACCUGAACCAAUGGGAACAAAUCGUGCAAGGAGAGGACACCUCUGCAUGGGCUUCCACUGAAGAGGCCGAACUGAGCGAGACUUCAGACAGUGGACCAGUAAAAGUGGACAACUGAAUCUGUGGCACCUGUCCCACAGCACCACCUACACCCUGCCAGAGACACUGGACUUCCUGUGGACAGUCCCACUUCCUGCAGAGACAGGAGGAAGCGCAGAGGGCAGGCGGGGAAGGAUACAUUCAGAAAAAUAAACAAAACAUAAUGUUACCUCAGUGGGUGACGGAGGCGUACACUCUAAUGACAUCAGGGCUCCCUCGUUGAUGGCUGGGACUCAAGUCCACUUCAGCAGAACGGCCGUCAUCAUUGGCAGUACUUUUCCUUAGGAGGUUACUUCUGCAUCUUUUUGUUUAGGUGAUUUUUUUUCUUUUUUUGGUGUGUUUCGUGGUCUUACAUUUGAAGAGGCCUUAAAUACCAACCCAAGUUACGAUCUGGUUGGAUGACUCGUAACUACGUCUAGUUUAAAAUGGUACUUUUUAUCCUGCUGUGGUCAAAAUACGCAAAGCUUACUUGAGUGGAUUUAUUUUUUAAGACGGACAGAAAGAAUGUUUUGUCGCAGUUGAGGUGCAUGAGGCACGAUAAACCCAUCGCUCUGGUGGUCUGAUGGGGGUUUUAUAUAAUAUUUUGAGCAAAAAUGUUUUGCAGUACUUGAAUGAAGAAUACAGCCUAUUCUGAGUGGAGUUGUAAACAAAAAUCCCCUAAAGCGCGUCUUCCAAAGCAAAGAGCUUUUGUGAUGGCUUAAGUUUCUCUCUGAACCUUACUGGAGUCACACACAAGUCACGGUGUUCCUCGCUGAGAUCUGCAGCAUCUUCCAACCUGAUAUGAAGUUUAACCCGUCGAAGCUCAUAGCGCUCUUGACAUUUAAAAUAAGGAAUCAAAUGUUUCUGUUUCCAUUGUACCAUAAAAACAUACUGUAAACUUUCAAACUCAAAUCUUCUUCCACCUGUGCUUAGACGUUAACUACAGCACACCUAUUGGAUGUUCAAAAACAGAAGUCUUAUUGUGAAAUACUAAAUUAUGACUUUACCAACAUUAUAAGUCAACCUCAGGGGUAAACAUAUUAUAUUACCUCUGAUUCUGAAACUAUUUUAAUUAAUUUCCUCAAACAAUCAUUGUUUUAAAAUGAUUAUUUAAGGUACUACAUCCCCACCAAAUCUGUAAAUUGAUGCAAAAUAAGUAAAUUAAUAAUAAUAUGAAAAAAAAAGAUAAAUGAUUGAACAUGUAGGAAAUAAAAGACAAAUACUAAUACAACAUGAAUCUGGGACAUAUAUAAACAUCUUAUUUUAAAAAAAAAAAUUAAAAAAAAAGGCUGCACACAUAAUUACUUAAGUUACUUAAAGGGAUAGUUCACCAAAAUAAGAAAAGUCUGGUGUUGUUCUAAUGCUGUAUGACCUUUCUUUUUUUAGACCACAAAAGGAGAAAUAAUAAUAAUAAUAAUAAUAAAAUUCCUGCUCAUGCUAAUGCAUAUAAUGGCAGUGAAUAGCGAUUAGCUUCAAACUUUAAAGAAAAAGAUCACAGAAUGAUUCCAUGCGACUCGUGCUGCAUUUUCCAUGUGUUUUAAGGGCAAAACAAACUGAAAUUUUAAUUAUAUUAGUACAUUUCUGACUUUGCCUGUUGGUUUAAUUAAGGAGAAAAUAAUGACUAAAUUUCAUUUCUGGGUGACCUAUCCCUUUAAAAUUACUGGGCAAUCCUAUCGUAGUAACUGGUGCAUCCACCAUAAAUCCAGAUAAACUGUUCGUCGUUUCUAAUGUAAGUCUAUGAGAAUCCUGCAUGUUUGGUUUCUUUAAAAGGAAUUGGAUGCAAAUCUGUUUCCACAGCACUUAAAAAUAUUGAAUAAUGACAACAGAAAGAUAAAAACAUUAUGUUCCCUUUUCCAAAUCUAAAUAAUCACAUUUUUUAACUCUCACUCCCAAAUCAACAUGAUUCACAGUCUUCAAAGAUUAUUGUUUUUGUGUAAUUCAAACAUUUCUUUACACAAAUUCAGCAGAGGAAUAAUGCUUUGCACUGUCACACUUCUUCAUCGCUUUGUGCUCCGGUUUCUAUGGGACGUUCUGUAAAGUUUGUCUGAGCAAAGAACAGUAACCAAUGGGUCAAUCUGACACAGACAACUGCGCUUUCUGGAGAGUAAGGUUUAUGUCUUCUACAUAGUAAGUUGUCUAAUGCAGGCUAAGGUGAAUUUCAAGUUGCGACCCAACAGAAAUGUUUGCCAUCGAUAUAAUGCCUUCGUUUCAAAUGGCUGAACUCAAGUUUUGUUUUUUCGUUUAAUUUUUUUCUUCUUUGUAACUGUAAGAGGCACCUGCAGUCCCUGCAGACAGUGAUGGAGCUCUGACUGACUGAUGGCCUUCUGUAAAUACUGCAGGACUGAUGAGUGAAUGUAAUCGAUACUGUCACAAACUGCUUCAAGAUGCCUGUUAGUUUUUAAGUGUACCAAAGGUGUACACCAUCGGAUAUGGGAAUGUUAAACAUGGCUUCCAAUGGUUGUGUCGGCAUGCGACGUGCGCACUGUGUGUAGAGAGACUGAGUUAGGAGAUGUAAGCUACAUUCUAAUGGUGCUAUCUUAGGCAGUCAUGCACUUUCUGAUCCCGUGCUCAUGCGAGUGUGUGUGUGUGUGUGUGUGUGUGUGUGUGUGUUUGCUCUGGAGUAAUGCUACCAACCCCCAUCUACUACGGAGUCAGAGUUCAGAGGAUGUAUUCAGCACCACUCACCUCUGUCACCAACAUCAUCCACAACCAGUUGUCUUUCCCCUUAUAUGCACUAUGUUUAGAGACUAUUAUUAUUGUUAUUAAUAUUAUUGCUCCUAUUAUAUUAUUAUUGCCACAGUUAUUGAUUAUUACCAUUGUUAUUUUGUUAAUUAGAGUUCAAUUUUAAAUUAACUUAUAUUUUUUAUACAAAGUUUAGCAUUUUUGUUUUGUACAGAACAAAUUGUACAUUAUGGAAUAGAGCGAAUGGUCAUUUAGAGAAACUGCAUACUGUUGCCCGAGAUAAAUGUCUCAACUCUAAAUGUAUGAGCAGUAAUUACUUUUAUUAAAUAUUUCUGACAAA